AUGGGGAUAAGAGGAUUAACAACAUAUAUGCUGGAAAAGUCACAUCUAGAAGUUGUAUGUGAAGCUUACUCUCUAAAAGGUAAGACACUGGUACUAGACGGCCUGAGUGUCUGCUAUACUCUAAUUGAACAAGAGGAAAAGAUUAACUGGGUACAAGGAGGCCAAUACUGGGACAUAAAAAGUUGCUUCCACAGCUUUUUUACAAAGCUGAGAGAAAGUGGAAUAAAGAGUUACGUUGUCAUUGAUGGUGUACCUCCUCAAAGCAAGGGUGAAGAAUUAGAGAGACGUAGCAAAGACAAAAUGAAAAGGAUUUCCCAAGGUGUUAGGGAACCAUACCGUCUACGGACUACAUGCCAUCCGCUACAUACCGAUUACAUAUUCUGUGAAGUGCUAAAAGAGUUUGGUGACUGUGUUCAAGUUAUCUUUGCUGAUGGAGAAGCAGAUCCUGAGAUUGCUUCCCUUGCCAACCAUUAUCACUGUCCUGUGCUCGCGUAUGAUUCCGAUUAUUUUAUAUUCAACCUUGAUGAAGGAUAUAUUCCGUUGCAUCCAGAACUGUUUAAAUGGAAAACGAACGAGGAAAUUGAGGCAAAACAAUAUUUGCUGCCUAAAUUUAAAAAAGAGUUUAAAGAUCCUGCACUGGUUUUCUUAAUCCCUGCUAUCAUUGAAAAUGAUUUCAUUAAACUACCAAGAGGAGGUGAAAGUGUAGAGCAGCUGAUGAAGUCUCAGAAAAUUUGUUCCUCAUUGGAAGAAUUCCUGACACAUAGGACUCAAGAGGAAGUUCCCAUUAUUAGGCAAAAUUACGUCAAGGCAAAAGCAAUGUACCACAUCACUCCAGUCAGCAAGGAGGAGUUGAUGAGUAACACGAAAUUGAAUACAGCAAAUGGCAAACCUCUUAGAGGCACACAUAUCAUAGAGGAGUAUCAUAAAGGGAAUCUUGCAGAAUCAGUUCUGACUGUGAUCACUCAAGGCGAGUGUGAGCUACCAAUGAUGAUAGAUGAUCCUGAGCAAGCCUCAUCAGUAUUGAUUGGAAGAGAAAUAAGGAAAAGCAUCUACAGGAUUGUAGCACCAUGCUUACCAGAAGAUGAAAAUGGAGUGAAGAAAGUGAAAGAAAUAUAUCGUAAUGCUUCUUGUGAUGGAUUAGAAAUGAAGUUCGUUGAGCUGAGCAAAGAUGAAUGUCUAAGAUCAUGCCCCAUUGAUGAAAUACCACAACUUAGGCCUGAAAGAAAGAUAGAGAUACUCUGUACAGCAGUAGAGGUGGAUCUUAGAAAGCUGAAACAGUUUGAAGAUGAAUGGAAACUAAUUGCAUUAUCAUUGCACUACUGGGCAAGACAUGCUGAUCCUUCUGAUCACCUAAUAAAAGCUCUCAUUUUGUGUUUCAGUGUUUGCACAUUAUGUGGUCGUGACCCUACAAUAUACAUAGAUAAAAGAAACGAAAUUGAAAAAGAAAGGGCACAAGUUACAUGGAGGGAGAAUUUGCACAUCUUUGCACAAUGGAAGUGUGUCUAUGACAAUAUUUUUGAUCUGAACAGCUUACUUAUAAAUCCACUUCCAUUCAAAUCAUUUGCUUCUUUAUUCAAUGGAGAGCUCCUCAUGCAUUAUACCAAGUUAUCCGUCAGGGCAUUUGAAGAGGAAAUAAGAAGGUGGAAGAAUGAAGGAAACUGUAAAUCUUGGUUUGAACCACUUUUUCGUUUUUGCCAAUGUACUAAAUCUAAAACUUUAUAAAGACUAUUGAAAGAUCAGUGAUCAUGCAUAGACAGAACUAGCAUCACUGAGUGUUUAGAAAAUAAUAGUUAUUUUCAUUGACUUGUACAGAAAGGGAGGUGCACUAUACAUUACAUGUACAUGUACAUCAAAUAUAGUAAUUCAAGUUGUGUGCAGGUUUUAGAUUUUGAAAAA